UCCAGUUUAAAUUGGCGCUCAAUUUUGAAUUUUAUUGACAAAAAAUGGCCAGCCAUUUCGAAGUUUUUGAUAAGUUGCGCGAUUUGGGACGUUCCUUAGACAGGAUUUCGAGCGUUUUACCAUCCGAAAAAAAUACCGAAGACAUAAACAAAGCCAGAGCUUGUCUACAGCUCAAGGCUCUGCUGGCUGAUGCAAAAAACCUCAAGGAGGAAACAACGAAGACUAUUUCUGAUGCUAAAUGUAAUCUGAACAUCGACAGUAUUUUAGAGGCCACUCGUAAGCAGGCUUUGAAGAUAAGAGAAAACAUAGAUGAAUUAGAGGACCACUUAACCAAGUAUGGUUAUUCAAGACCUAAAGGAAAACUUCCAGAUGUAUAUCAGGAAAACGAUUGUGAAGAUAGCGAGAGUAAUCUUUGUACUGCUGAUAGCUUUCAAGACAGCAGUAGUGAUAAAGAAAAUGAAUCACCAGACUUAGAAAAUGAGCAGCCAAGUGAAGAUGAUUCUCAUGAAGAUGAGAUUGAUACAAUACUUCCUAUGCAACCAGAAAGACCUGCAUUGGAUCCACUAGUGACACCUGUUCGCCCGAAAACAGCUACCAAGUUCAUCCAAAAUUAUGAUAUGCAUAAGAAAUGUGUAGCAAGUCCUGUGAUACCUGAAGGACCGCCAUUACCCCAGACCAAGACACCUGUUCUAAAAUGCAAACCACAUGGCUUUGACUUAAGUGUACCAGUAUCAUCAGAGUUGCCACCGCAUUUAAUGAUAGAAACAGAAACCAUUGACAAAGAACAGAAUUUUAACUCCCCUACCCAAGUAGCAGGAGACCUGUCAGUUAAUGAUUUUCCUACUCCACCAACCUUUACCACUCCUGGAUUGAAGCGAUAUGGAACCCAGAGAGAAGGCCAGGAACCCGUCCUUGCCUUUGAUAAUCUUGAUACACCACAACCUCCUAAGUUUAAGUCUGUAAAUAGACUCAUUCCAGGUGAAUUGACUGGGCAAUUGGAAACACCUGAUGAAGUCAAACCAUGCUCGAAAUCAAGAUACCGUUUGCCUGAAAUAGACUAUCCAACAUACAGCAAAAUCCCGGGAUGUCUUCAAAAACAGUUUUCAUUCAAGCAGGUCAAUUUUCUCAUUGAAGAGACAAACACUUAUUUAAAUACCCGAGAAAAAGGUAACAAGACUAUCACGAAUGACGAGUUAUCAUCUGUAUUGAAUGUGGGCCCAUUCACACAAGCAUUUGCUCUUGUCUUGUUGAAAAUAGAACAUUUCACAAUGCGAAAGUCUGGUGUUUAUAAUGUCAAUGAUGCAUUCAUUGUCUAAAAAUAAACUUGUCUUAAAGUUGUUGACUAGUUUAAGUGUAUAUGUAUGUAUUAUAUUCAGUAACUGUAUAAGGAAAUCUUAGUGUGGAUCAUUUAAUGUGAAAAUGUUAUGAAUAAAUCAAUAAACACAUAUGCCACAUUGUAGUUAAAAUCAAGACACAUGAA